UCUUUGUUUUUUAUUCUUCUGUAUGCUGCAGUUUUUGUUUUAUUUGGAAGAUAUUACUGUUGGCUAUUGUUGUGAUCGUCGUAUUCGUUGUUUUGCUCGUAGGAGAAAUUUUUUAACUAAGAAGUGGUAAAAUUUGAGCAGGAUUUCAUCUAAGAAGUCGUAUUUGAUGAAGUGAAUUAUGGAUGAGAGUCAACGCAAUUCGGUGUUAUGUUGAUUUAAUGAUUAAUUAGCAAAUCAUUUUGGUGUUUUGAGUUAGUAUUUGACUGAUUUAAGAUGCAACUAGUUUGCUAUAUUAAUUUCUUAUUUUUUUGGCGUAAUCAGUAAGGUUUGUGGAUCCCUGUUAUAGUUUAGCAGUUAAUUAGCUUUAGUGUCACAUUGAGGGUAUUUUACCUUAAAUCUACCUAUAUAGUGGUUUUAGUGUUUCACUGCCAUUCUGAAGCCUAAAUUUGAGAGAAAUUACUGAAUAAUUUUAAAUUGAUGCAUGCUUAGGAGGAUAUUCUAUUUGGUGCAGACAAAAAAAGAAUGUAUCUGCUUACCUCAUUUGCUAGUUUUAUAUGUCUUUCUUCCCCCGGCUGUAGAAAUUUUUCGUGUAUUUCGUCGUCGUAUCUUUCCAGGUUUAGUCACUUGUUUCAGUUUUUAGUUUAAGUGUGAAACAAGUUUUCUCUUUUCUGUAGGAUUGAAUUCGUAUGCAUGUUGAAUUUGGUGAACAUAUAUAUAUAUAUAUAUAUUUUGUUCUUGUAUCUAACUUGUUUAAAAUGUUACAUAGUAAUUUAAUGAUUAAAUGACAUGGAAGUUAAUUAGAUGUAAAGAUGUAUGUAUACUUGAAUAAAGUGUGUGCGUGUGUCUACAUAUAUCUGUCUAAAUUUGAAUGUAGAUAAGGUUAAGCAAUUAGUGAUUUGAUUAUAAAGCUUGAAGGGGGCUUUUUUGGGUGUAGAAUUACCACCCAAAACUUACUGUCUAGGGUAGGGUGUCUUUUAAUUUUACUACUCUUCCAUAAUUCAAUACUUUGUUCAUGACAUUCAACUUCUUUGUUACAAGCCUUGAUUGGAAAAUGGGUCAAGUAUUUGGAUGUGUUCAAGUGAAUCAAUCUACUGUGGCCGUGAAGGAACAGUUUGGGAAGUUCGACGAGGUUCUUGAGCCCGGAUGCCAUUGCUUGCCUUGGUGUUUCGGCUACCAACUGGCCGGUUUGCUGUCGUUGCGCGUGCAGCAGCUUGAUGUUCGCUGUGAAACAAAAACCAAGGACAAUGUGUUCGUCAACGUGGUUGCCUCAGUUCAGUACCAAGCAUUGGCGCAGCAUACGGUGGAUGCAUUCUACAAGCUAUCCAACACCAAUGCACAGAUCCAAGCCUAUGUCUUCGAUGUGAUUCGAGCGAGUGUGCCGAGGCUUAAUUUGGACGCUGCAUUUGAGCACAAGGAUGAAAUAGCCAAAACUGUGGAGAAUGAACUCGAAAAGGCUAUGUCUGCUUAUGGAUUCGAGAUAGUCCAGGCGCUGAUAGUCGACAUCGAACCAGACAGUCAAGUCAAGAGAGCCAUGAAUGAGAUCAAUGCAGCCGCAAGGCUCAGGGUGGUGGCGAAUGAGAAGGCUGAAGCUGAGAAAAUCCAGCAGAUCAAGAGAGCCGAGGGAGAAGCAGAAUCGAAAUACUUAUCAGGUCUUGGCAUCGCUCGCCAGCGCCAGGCCAUUGUAGACGGGCUCAGGGAGAGCGUGCUCGCCUUCUCACAUCACGUGCCCGGAACAACGCCCAAGGAUGUCAUGGACAUGGUUCUCGUCACCCAAUACUUCGACACCAUGAAGGAUAUCGGUGCAUCAUCCAAGUCCUCGUCCGUGUUUAUCCCACACGGCCCUGGUGCUGUCAAAGAUAUCGCCUCCCAAAUCCGUGAAGGGCUUCUUCAGGCUGAAAGCGUCGCCAACUAGGUAAGUUUUAUUGCAUUUGUACCUCCAUACCAUCUGCUUGACUAUUUGCCUAUUCAGACAUAGAUGACUGACUCUAUACAUAUGAACAACAUUAAAGAGUUAGGGGAUGUGUCGCCUACCCUCCAUGUAAAUCAUUGUAUACUUAUCAAAAAACACAUAUAGCUACCAAUAAUGUAACAGCUCAACUCGAUUAACUGCUCCA